AUGGGAGACACGGCGGUCGCAGCUGAACCCGUUGCGGAUAUCGUCGACGGCGAGAAGAGGGAGAGAGCACACUCUGACAUGGGUGAGCUUCUGAACAGCCCAUCUGCAGCGCUGAUGACGCUGGUGGACUGCGAUCACCUCAACGAUUUCAACGCUGUCUGCGAAUACCUUGCGGUUCAUGCGCAAGAGGUGAGAUCACGGUAUUUAUCGCCGGCUUCAUUUUGAUACUUAACAGAGGACAAAGAAAGAAGACAACCUUCGCGCCGUAUUUUCUGCGGGCUUCGUCGACUGUCAUCUGUAGAGGGAACCAUAAAGAAGCGUCGUGCGUCCUGGCCCGUUCAGGUUUGUUACUGGAGCUGAAACAUCGAAGGUCGCAGCAGCCUCCGACAUCUGCGCCGACACCAAGCAGAAUCCAACAUUUGUCACAGACGUGCUCACCGCCACGGACCAUAAACCAACGGAGGUUGUAGCUAGUGGCAUCAGCUAACGCUGUAAACCGC